AUGUGCCAAAAUAUUAAUAUAUCAGUUUGUGGAGAUGGAAUUGUUGAUGUGUUUGAUGAAGAAUGUGAUUCUACAGAACAUUGUACAAAUUGUUAUUGUGACAAUGGGUAUGAAAGUGUUAAUAGUGUUUGUGUUCCUAAAUGUGAUAUUGAAGGCUGUAUUGGUGGUUGUAUUAGUCCAAAUGAAUGUACUCGUUGUAUUGAACCUGAGUAUCAAUGGGAUUGUCAUAGUUGUGGAAAUGGAUAUCAUAUAGAAGGUUUUAUGAAUUGUGUUCCAUAUAAUUUGAGUGAUGUUUAUGGUUGUUAUAAAAUGUUAACUGACACUUCUUUGAGUACUGUUAAAACAAUUCAAUUGGACUCUUCGUUAUUAAGUAAUACUCAAGAAUACACAUUAUAUUUAAAAGAUUUUAGACUAACUGUUGGUCAUUGUAAUUCUGCAUUUAACCCACGUUCUCCUUAUGUUAAAGGAAUUUGGAUUGAACUUAAUGUCAUUGAUGAAGGGUAUUAUAUUAUUGAAACUGAAAAAGAAUAUUCUAAAACAUUGAUUGAAUAUAUUAAUGCUCAACAAUUUCGUUAUGGAUUUGAUUCAGUUAUAACUGUACAAAAUGAGUGUUUUAAAACAGAUAAAAUUGGAUUUGCAACCUGUCUUGGUAAAAAUAAUGAUUUAAAUGAUUAUAUAUUAUCAGCUUCAUUCCUUUCUUAUUAUCAAGUUAGAAAGUAUUACCUUCAUGUAUUUGGUCAAUAUGGACUUGUACCUACAACUGAUUUGAAGUUGUAUGUUAGAAAAAUUAAUCAUCCUUGCUCAGAAAGAUCUGUUCAUCUUUUAUGGAGUGACAUGAUAUCAUCAACAUUUACUGCAGUAGUCAAUACUGUUAACUCAUUAACAAGUUUAUCCUCAUGUUCUCGUCAACCACAACCUGGCACUUGGUUUUUUCUUAAAGGUGCUGAUGAAACAAUUAUGGUAUCUGCUUGUAAUAAUUCAGUUCUUUAUGAUACUUACAUCCAUCUCAUACAAGUCCCAAAGAUAAAUGAUGAUUUAUCUAAUGUUAGUUGUGGUGAAGGUGACAGUACUUGUGUUGGUUAUAGUGAUAGAGGUUGUGGAGUUGCAGCAAAAUUAAUGCAUAAAUUAGAUUCAUCGUAUGACUAUUUUAUCUUUGUUUCAGCAACAGAAAAAACCCAGUUAAAUGUUGAGUUUUCUACAGUUUGUCCAUAUAAUUGUUUAAAUGGAGUAUGUUCUGUAUCUAAAGGAGGAUGUAUUUGUAAUGAAGGGUAUAUUGAGAGAAAUAAUGGGUGUACAAAAUGUGGAAAUGGUGUUGUUGACGAAAAUGAAGAAUGUGACCCAUCUAAUAAAACUGUUAUUGAGUAUUAUUGUUCUGAAGAGACAUGUAUGUGUUCCUUUGGAUAUGUACCUGUCACCAUUAAUGGGAUUACAAAAUGUGCAAUUUCAACAUGUGGAAAUAAUAAAAUAGAUGAAUAUGAAGAAUGUGAUGGUGGAAGAGGAUGUGACCAUUGUCAUUGUAUUGGUGAUUAUUAUGCUUAUGCUAAGGCACGUAAAGACUGUAUUUUACCUUCAUGUGGUAACGGAAGAUUUGAUGCAGGAGAAGAAUGUGAUGGAGGAAAAGGAUGUAUUGAAUGUGAAUGCCAACCAGGAUGGUACUCAAAACAUAGUUCUGAUUGUAGGAGAUACUCUACAAAGUUAAUAGCAUUAACAAUAUUUCUUCCUGGGUUAGGAAUAUAUAUAUGCUUUGCUUUAGUUUUAUUAAUUAUAAAUUCUAUUAAAUAUUCUCUCUUAAUAGACAGGAUUAAAUUCGAAUUAAAUCAACAAAAUAUUAUUUUCAGUGAUGCUAUAAUUCCAUUUGAUUCUGCUGAUUGUUAUAAAAUACCUGUUCUAAAUGAAUAUUUUAAUAUUCAUCCACAAUCUAUCAAUUUUAUGAAUAACAAAACAGAUAUAGAUAUAGGUGUUGUUGUUGAGUCAACUUGUGUUAUUACUAACUUUUCAAAUGAAACAAUGAACUUUAUCUUUCAUGGAAAAAAAGAAUCGAAAUAUGAUUUAGUUUUUACUCCAUGUAGAGGUGUACUUAGAAAGGGUCAAAACAAAGAAAUUAAAAUACAAUUAUUGAUGCAUUGUACUACAAUUCUUAGUGAAGAAAUUAAAGUUACUAUUGGAUUUUCUCAUUUUAAAAAAUUAAUGAACAAUUAUCAACAUCAACUUAGUUUAAAUGGAACAAAACUAGAUAAAUCAAAUAAGUCUCAACGUUCAUUUAGGUCAUCAUUCUCUAGUGUUUCAAACCAAAACUCAACCUCAUCAGAUGAGGUUAGUGUAAAACCAUCAAAAGCAAAACGAUUUUAUGUAACUUUAACUUUAGAAGCUCAAAGUAGUUUAUCAUAUAAAUUAAAUAUUAAUGAUAUUACUACCUAUCAACCUCCAAUAGGUGAAGGAACAUUUGGUAUUGUUUAUAAAGGACAUUGGAGAAGUCUAGAUGUUGCUGUAAAAAUUAUUAAAACUGAUAUUGUAUCUAUUGCUGAUCUCAUACAACCUUUUACUGAAGAAGUUAAAUUAUUAGAAAAAUUACGUUCUUCAUGCAUAGUUUCAUUUAUUGGGUAUUGUGCUGAUGAAGAAACAGUAUGUUUAGUAUUAGAAUUUUGUCCAUUAGGUUCAUUGAAAAAAUAUCUUCAAUCAAUGCCAACUUCAGUUCAUCUUAAAUUACGUUUUUGUCAAGACAUUUCUCGUGGAAUGUUAUAUCUCCAUGAAAAUAAUAUUAUCCAUAGAGAUCUCAAAACUGACAAUGUGUUAGUUUUAAGUGAUAAUCCUUAUGAUGCUGUUGUGUGUAAAGUUAGUGAUUUUGGAACUUCAAAAUGUUUUAUUGAACAAUCAAAUCUAAAAGAAAAAAAAGAUAUUGGAACGCCAAUGUAUAUGGCUCCAGAAAUUCAUUCAGAAGGAAUACUCAAACUUAAAUCAGAUGUAUUUUCAUUUGCAGUUUGUAUGUUAGAAAUAUGGUUAGGAAAACCUCCAUAUAGUAGUGAUGAAUUUCCUAAUGCAGAGUCAAUUUUUAGAUUUGUUUGUGCAGGGAAACGACUUCAUAUUCCUAAAAAAUGUUUAUAUCAUGAUAUGAUCAAGAAAUGUUGGAAAGGAACUGUUGACUCUCGACCUUCUUUUAAAGAGAUUGAAGAAUACUUUGAGGAGUUAGUGCAAACUGUUCGAGAACAUAAAGACCAGACUUAA